CCUUUGGCACGUGGUUCACCGAGGCCUUCUUCGGGAGCGACAGGCUUUGUGAUGGCGACCCCUAGGGGCGGAAAGGAUACCCUGCAGCCUGGUUCCUUCCUGCUUUUUGCUUGGCAGGAGGCGAAAGUGGGACGUCUGUCAGCCAGCAUGGAUCCCCAGCACCUGAUAGGCGAUUGUCUCAUUCACAUUUUUACAUUUUUAACCGAAGAAGAUUUAAUCAGGGCCUCGAUCGUCUGUAAGGACUGGCGCAAUGCAGCCGAGACUCCGUGGUUAUGGAGGAGGAUGUGCUUGCAGCGGUGGGGCUUUUGUAGCCAGGCUGUGUUGGAGAGCCCUCGCGUCAAUCACUCGUGGAAGACAUACUUCCUGCGACGAUCCCAUUUGGAGACGAAGAUGAAGGAGGGGCGAACCGGGGGCUACACCUGCACGAGUCUACGAGGACACGCAGGACGAAUAGUGGGCUUGGUCUACCUCCAGAGGAGCUCACCUCUGGGUCCUGACCUGUGGAACACCCCGACGACAGUCUGCAGCGCCUCUACUGAUGGUACAAUCCGGUCUUGGAACAUCCAGAACGGUCAACUCGAUUGGUGCAGCGCCAAGCAGAGUCCUUUAUCAAGCAUCGUAAGUGACGAGCAGCGUGACUUUGUCAUCACAGCAGACUCCGCUGGCCUAAUUCAGGUCUGGCAAGGUCAGACAGGCCAGGAGGUGGCAUCCAAUUCUGUUGGAUCCACACGCUGUACACUGCUACAGUAUAAUAAGGACAACGACUGGUUUCUAUCUGUUGGACUGGGUCAGGGGUCACUGUGUACACUAGCUGGAACAUCUUUGACUAAAAAAUCCAAUAUAGUGGUCUGUGACAGCUUUAAUGUCAACACACUCCUGGUUUCACCUGACAAGAAAUUGAUCAUAGCUGGCUCCAAGGAUAAUGUUGAUUUAAGUCCCAAGGUGAUUUACGCCGACAGUUUGACCUCCCCGUGCGAGGACGAAGACCCGCUGUGCCAGUUAGUGCCAGUCACGGGGUGCCAGGCCGCCGUCUUCAUCCCCACGCAGUCUGCCAGACUGGCCAUGGUCCACUGCAAAGAGCGCACACACAACAACAAAGCACUCACUGUCUUCGAUGUCAGCAUUAAAAAGUCAAAGUACGCGUCCCACAUCCAAGUCCAGCAGGUCGAGUCCUUCCCCUUGACACUGAACAGCACAUCCUCCAACAUUCUUCUUGAGGCUAAGGACAGCAACUCCAUUGUGAUGGCAGCUGAUUGUCAUCUGUGGGUGUAUUCUCUGAAGGGUGCCUUGCUCGCAAGCUUUGAAGAGCACACAAUGCCGAUCACCUCUAUAUGCGUGGACAGCUUUCGUGUGGUCACAGCAUCUCACGACCUUUCCUUGCAUGUACUGACCUGGAAACAUGACAGCGAUCACGGUUUGGCUUUGGAGAGUCGAUAUCACCUGCUGGGGGGUUCUCAUACUAUGUCCAGAGGCUUUAGCCAUGUCUCCUGUGACUACUCCAGCAUUGUUGGUUCGGUUGAAGGGAAGGAUGGAAAAGACAUUUUAAAAGCCUACACGUUCACUGCCUGAGCCCACAAAAAAAAAGAGGAAUAUUUAUCAUUCACUGAGA